AUGUCCAAGAUUACGCUGGGUCGGUACAUGUGGGAGAGGCUACGUCAGAUCGGCGUUGAAACGAUAUUCGGCGUCCCAGGGGACUUCAAUCUCCAGUUCCUGGAUUCGAUAUUCCAAGUUGAGGGUUUGAAAUGGGUCGGCAAUCAGAAUGAAUUGAAUGCUGCGUAUGCGGCUGAUGGUUAUGCCAGGAUUAAGGGGUUACCCGGGUGCUUCGUUACCACACACGGCGUCGGCGAACUCAGCGCCCUGAACGGCGUCGCAGGCGCCAUGUGUGAACGCGUAAAAAUGAUCCAUAUCGUUGGACAAACAACCCGUGCAAUGCAAAGCAACCACAUGAUGAUCCACCACUCCAUCGGAUCAAAACCAGACCACCAGCAAUAUAACAAAGCCUCUGUGCCCCUCCGUUUUGCCGCUGCCGAACUCUGGGAUAUCAAGACCGCACCUGCGGAAAUUGACAGAGUGAUCCGCGAAUGCUUCGUCCAGUCCGGGCCAGUCUACAUCUUCAUACCGCUCGAUCUCUCCGCUGAAGAAGUCCCCUCCUCCCUCCUCGACACCCCCCUCGACAUCUCUCCCACCGUCGACCCCGCCACCCAAGAAGCCGCCGUAAAAGCCAUCACCCAGGCGCUUGCAGACUCUAAGCAUCCAAUCCUCCUCGUCGACGCGCUCGUCAAGCGCUUCAACGCCGCGCCCGAGGCCCGCGAACUCGUCCGUAAACUCAACGUCCCAUUUUUCUGCGCCAACAUGGGCAAAGCCGUCGUCGACGAGACGGAGGAAAUGUACGUCGGGGUUUGGAAUGGGGAGAUUAGCACCCCUGGCGUGAAGGAAGAGGCGAAGAAGGCGGAUCUUGUGGUUACACUGGGGUAUGUGCCUGCAGACACGAAUUCGGCGAGUUUUUCGAGGAAGUUGGAUGAGGGAAUGGCAGUGCAUAUUAAUCCGUUUGAUGUCGUGAUCAAAGGAACGCACUACCCCAACACGUCCAUCAAGUCGCUCCUUGCCACCCUCGCCAAAGCCCUGCCAUCCACGCCGCAGCACACAAUUCCGAAGCCACAACUGCCGCCUCCGCGGGUGCCGAAAGAUAAGGAUGCUAAGCACAUCACGCAAUCUCACCUCUGGCCGCAGUUCACAUCCUUCCUCCGCCCGGGCGAUAUCCUCGUCGGCGAAACCGGCACCACCGUGUUCGGACUCUGUGACAUCACGUUCCCUUCCGACAUCCGCUUCGAGGCGCAAAUUUACUAUGGAAGUAUUGGGUGGGCGACGCCGGCGACGCUGGGUAUUGAAAUAGCCCGGCAAGAGCUGGAACGGAAGGUGAACGGGGACGGGACGAACGGGGUCAAUGGGGAGAAGAAAGAGGGGAGGACAGUGUUAGUGACGGGCGAUGGAAGCAUGGCGCUGACGAUUCAAGAAGUGGGAACCAUGAUCAAGGCGGGGUUGAAGGUGGUAGUUUUCGUGAUCAACAAUGAGGGAUAUACGGUGGAGAGGAUGAUCUGGGGUGCGCAGCAAACAUACAACGACAUUGUCCCAACCUCCUAUCAACACCUGCUCCCGCUCUACCAGCACCCCUCCCCGUCCACCUCCUUCCACCUUGCCACCACCAAAACCGAGCUCGCCGCCAUCUUGGCGAAGCCAGAGCUCGCGGACCCGCCGCACUUGCAGCUCGUUGAAGUUGUCGUGGACAAGAUGGAUACGGCGUGGCGGCUGGCGAGUCAGUUGGCGUAUCGCGGCGGCGAGAAGCAUAGGGAGUAUAUGGCAAAGGAGGGGUUUGUGGAUACGUAUGGGAAUUGGGGGUUGGAUAGCGUAACGGAGACUGGGGGCGUGAAAUGGCAUUGA